UAUCCCCUCCACUCCCCCCACUCUCGCUCAUACCCCGCUUCAGAAACCCUCCCUCGAUGCCCUAAAAAUGUUCGAAACGUUUCAUUAGAUUCUUUACUUGAAAAACUUCUUUCCUCUUCAGUAAUCAAAGACCUUUACUCCAAGGGAAUAAAUCUACCUUUUCUUUAAGUACUUCGUAUUCAUCUUAUAAAAUUUAGGGUUUCUUUUGGAUUUUGAGCAAAAGCUUCGAUUGUUAGAAAUCAUGGCUGAUGUGUUUGAGGACGAAACGGAGCAUACUGUAUCAAUCCAGGAGUACCUUAAGGAUGUUGAAGAACAAGAGUUGGAAGCUGAUUUGGUUUUGGGAGGUGAUGAAGGGAAAGAAUGUACAUACUCAAAGGGUUACAUGAAGAGACAAGCUAUUUUCUCAUGUCUUACUUGUACUCCCGAUGGCAAUGCUGGUGUCUGUACAGCUUGUAGCUUAUCUUGCCAUGACGGUCAUGAGAUUGUAGAAUUGUGGACGAAGAGAAACUUCAGGUGUGAUUGUGGAAAUUCAAAGUUUGGAGAGUUCUACUGCAAGCUCGUGGCAGAUAGAGAACCAGUAAAUUCAGAAAACUCAUACAACCAGAAUUUUAAAGGUGCAUACUGCACAUGCCAUCGCCCUUAUCCUGACCCAGAUGUCGAAGAGCAGGUGGAGAUGAUACAGUGCUGUAUUUGUGAAGAUUGGCUUCAUGAGAACCAUUUAGGUUUUGAACCCUCUGAUGAGAUACCUAGAGAUGAGGAAGGAGAACCCUUAUACGAGGAAUUCAUUUGUGUUGCAUGUGCAAAGAAGGUCUCUUUCUUGUCUCUUUACCCUCCAUCAAUUUGGGCAGCAGUUAAGGAAGGUGAGGCUUCUACAGAUGGCAACCAAGACGGUGUUUUGACAGAUGCAGUGGGUGCAUCUUCCGAGAACGUCUCCGGUCAUUCUCUCGUAGAUGAUAAUAAAGCCUCUGGGAAUCUUGAGAAUAGCAUGGAAAUGGUUUCUUCAAUUGUUUGUGCUGAUUUCAAACCUGUAUUGCCUCACAGGGAUGAGUUACUUGGAGAAUCUUCAGAGAAGAAAAGGGGUUUUGAGGAAUUCUCUCGCGACACCAUUUCUAGUCCCAAAUGUGCUCUUGGGCUGGAUCUGAGUGUUACUCCAUUCAUUCUAGAGAAGAAUAAGCCCAUGUUUCUUUCUAAAGUAUGGAGAGAUCUUCUUUGUAGGUGUGAGAAGUGCAUUGAAUUCUACACCAAGAAGGGCAUAAGGUUCUUAAUUGAGAAGGAGGACUCGAUUGGGGAAUAUGAAAAAAUGGGAAAACAGAAGAGGCAGGAGAAGUUGCAACAAGAGGAAGGAGCCGAGCUGAAUUUUCUCAAUAAACUCGGUCAUGUUGAGAAAAUUGAGAUCUUGAGUGGCAUUGCAGACAUGAAGAACGAGCUGUGUUCUUUUUUGAGGCUCUCUAUCAUUUAUACAUGGUUUUCGGCAGGAGUCGUUUGAUUCAUCGAAGCCUAUCACACCAUCUGAUGUCCAUCAGGUGUUUGAAAAUCUUGCAAAGAAACGCCGUUCCCAGUAAGAAUCAGCUUCUUCUUUUCCUGGUAGCCUUAACUAGCUAUUUUGGGUUUUGGACUAUUCAAGACGUUAAAACUGAAUGUAUAGUUUCUAAAUUUAGUAUUUUAACUUAGACAGAUGUGCUACAUUUUGUUGUAUGUGGUAAAGUGAGGUGAUCUAAUUCACUCUCACCAGUAAAACCAACGUGGGGUUCUCUUAUUAUAUACUUAUUCAUAUAUUAAGUUUAUGGAAGCAGUUAGAAGGACUCGACUCGAA